GCUCUCCUUCCUCCCGAAGGCCGAACUAAAACCCGGAAAAAAGGAUCGGGAAACUACGGUGGGCAUAAUGCGCUUGCUCAUGAGAGGCCGGAAGUCAAGGCGGCAGAAGUGACUCUAUUUCCGUUUCUGGUUUUGCUCCAGUGUUUGGGUUUCUGUGCGGCCGCCCAAGAUGAACCGAUUCUUCGGAAAAGCAAAACCCAAGGCUCCGCCACCCAGCCUGACUGACUGCAUUGGCACGGUGGAUAGCAGGGCAGAAUCCAUUGACAAAAAGAUUUCUCGACUGGAUGCUGAGCUAGUGAAGUAUAAGGAUCAGAUCAAGAAAAUGAGAGAGGGUCCUGCAAAGAAUAUGGUCAAGCAGAAAGCCUUGCGGGUUUUAAAGCAAAAGCGGAUGUAUGAGCAGCAGCGGGACAACCUUGCCCAACAGUCAUUUAACAUGGAGCAAGCCAAUUACACCAUCCAGUCACUGAAGGACACCAAGACCACGGUUGAUGCUAUGAAACUGGGAGUAAAAGAAAUGAAGAAAGCAUACAAGCAAGUGAAAAUCGACCAGAUUGAGGAUCUACAAGACCAGCUAGAGGAUAUGAUGGAAGAUGCAAAUGAAAUCCAAGAAGCAUUGAGUCGAAGUUAUGGCACCCCAGAAUUAGAUGAAGAUGACCUAGAAGCAGAAUUGGAUGCACUGGGUGAUGAGCUUCUGGCUGAUGAAGACAGCUCAUAUUUGGAUGAAGCAGCAUCUGCACCUGCAAUUCCUGAAGGUGUGCCCACUGACACAAAGAAUAAGGAUGGGGUGUUGGUGGAUGAAUUUGGAUUGCCACAGAUCCCUGCUUCAUAGACUUCCAUCAUUCAAAUACAUCGUGUAAAAUAAACAUUCAUUCUGGGAACUGGGAAAUAGCUUUCCAAAUUUACCAUAACAGAUUAAGGUUUCUUUCCUUUCUUUGAAGGAAAGUUCAUUACAUUGCUCUUUUUUUUUUUUUCCUUCCGUUAAGAGACUCAUUGCUGGGGAGUUGCUUUCUUUGUAUUAAACUUUGAUUCCUUUUCUUUUGACUAACUUUAAAAAAAAAAAAAAAAUCAGUGGCUAUGUAAGGCUUGUUUUCAUUCAUUAAUAAUUUGAAAUAAAAUGAAGGUAAUGGGGAAUCUAAAUUUUAUGAAAAUGUAACCCCACAACCUCAAAAUGACCUGAUAUAUUGAUAAGACAAGAUUGGGACUGUUCAUAUUAUGGUUCAAAACCAUUUUGUAAUGUAGCAUUGUAGGUUGGCUAAAAUGUUGGCCGUUUUUGAUGGGUUUUGUUGAGUCUUGUGAGCAAGUCAUUACUGUGUCUGGUGUUGGAAUGGAAUUCUCACUACUGUUUCAUGAGUGGAUAUUUUGAUUCUAUGGUUCCUUCAGUAUUACACCCUGACUUGUAAUCAAUAAUGAAUAUUUCUUGAUAUUUAAUGUAUAGGACAUUUAUUUAUACUUAAUAAAUAUUUUUCAAAAGGUUGUAAUUUUA